GUAGAUCAUAUAAAACAACCUCUGGAACAGCCAUAUGAAGGUCCAUAUCGCGUAAUAAAAUAUAUUUCAGAUAAUGUAUUUCUAAAGCAAAUUACAAAGGCUAAUUACAAAGGCAAGGAAACUACUAUAUCGACGGAACGCUGGUUGAAUCGGAAAAUGAAGAUCUGCGUGAGGUCGGCACCAACCGACUGGGAAGAUAUCUACUGCAACAAAUGUUCCAGCAUUUUUGGCAGCGUUGCCGAGAAUAUUUGUACCAGCUACAACAGCGUAGAUGGACCAUCUUCCACCCAUGCGUCUAAGGCGCAUCGUGAGCCUGCAUUCAGAAAGAAAUGGUCGGACACAUGUACGCUGGCAGGGAGAAUCGAUAGUCGAUUUAUCGUGGGCAUCACCCGCAGCAGCACGAAGAAUAACGGACUGGAGAGUGGCGGUGGAGCUGGAGUCGCUCAGCGAUCAUCUGUACAUCGUCAUCGAGCUUCACCCCGCCAGGAGAUGCGUGAGAAGCCGCCGCCCGCGAGAUGGGCGCUAAAGAAGAUGGACGUUGACGUGCUGAUGGCCGCAGCUCAUACCGCAGCAUGGGAAGAGCCGCCGGCAGACCCCGCCUGCGACGUCGACAAGGAGGCAGAU